AUGUCGCAGGCCGGUAGCGACCAUGGCAACGGCGGUGGCGAGGAUGACAUGGGCGAGGCUUUCGGCCCGUUGCUCAUCAACAAGCUCGAGGAGUUUGGCAUCUCGGGCUCGGACUGCAAGAAGCUGGCCGAGGCUGGCUACCACACCAUCGAGAGCGUCGCCUUCACGCCCAAGAAGAACCUCUUGCUCGUCAAGGGCAUCUCCGAGGCCAAGGCCGACAAGAUCCUGGCAGAAGCCGGCAAGCUCGUGCCGAUGGGCUUCACCACCGCCACCGAGUUUCACGCGCGCAGAAACGAGCUCAUCACCAUCACCACCGGCUCCAAGAACCUCGACGCCAUCCUCGGCGGCGGCAUGGAGACUGGCAGCAUCACCGAGCUCUAUGGCGAGUUCCGGACGGGCAAGAGCCAGCUGUGCCACACGCUCGCCGUCACCUGCCAGCUGCCCGUCGACAUGGGCGGAGGAGAGGGCAAGUGCCUGUACAUUGACACCGAGGGCACGUUUCGACCGGUGCGACUGCUGGCGGUGGCGGAGCGGUACGGCCUCAAUGGCGAAGAGGUGCUCGACAAUGUGGCGUACGCGCGGGCGUACAACGCCGACCACCAGCUGCAGCUGCUGCUGCAGGCGUCGGCCAUGAUGGCCGAGUCGCGCUUCUCGCUGCUGAUUGUCGACUCGCUCACGUCCCUCUACCGCACCGACUUUUCGGGCCGCGGCGAGCUGUCGGCGCGCCAGACGCACCUGGCCAAGUUCCUGCGCGUCCUGAUGCGCCUCGCCGACGAGUUUGGCGUCGCCGUCGUCAUCACCAACCAGGUCGUCGCCCAGGUCGACGGCGCCAGCGCCUUUUCCGCCGACGCCAAGAAGCCCAUUGGCGGCAACAUUGUCGCCCACGCCUCGACGACGCGUUUGUCGCUGCGCAAGGGGCGCGGCAACCAGCGCAUCUGCCGCAUCGCCGACUCGCCCUGCCUGCCCGAGGCCGACGCCGUCUUUGCCAUUGCGCCCGAGGGCAUCGUCGAUCCCGUCGACUGA